AAAAAAAAAAGUUUAUUUGAUAGUAUAAAUAAGAUAGAAAAACACACACACACACACACACACAAGAAAUGCCGCAAUUGCUUCCGAAAAUUGAUGCCACAUGCUGUUUGCGAUUUGACGAGUGGAGCAAAUUUCUGGCGAAGUGUAUCCACUCGCAAAUGGGAAGUGAAAGCAAGAGCUUGGUCGAGAAGAAGAAUGCUAAUUUAAGGCUUGUUAAUAUUUCUGGAUUUAAGACUGAAUUGUUGGAGAUUAAUAGCCCCGAGCCUACGUUACAUGUGUUGUUUAUUCCAGGCAACCCAGGUGUUAUUUCAUUUUACACUGAUUUUUUGGAGUCACUAUAUGAGCUACUGGGAGGGACUGCAUCUGUCACAGGUAUUGGCCACAUAUCCCACUCGCAAAAGAACUGGGAAUCUCAAAGGUUGUUCUCGUUAGAAGAACAAAUUAAUCAUAAGAUAAACUUUAUCGAGCAGGAACUUCAAGAUGUUGAAGUACCUAUAAUACUGGUUGGCCACUCCAUUGGUUCAUAUAUAUCUCUUGAAAUGCUUAAGAGAUCUCGCAAGAAGGUUAUAUAUUGCAUUGGUCUGUACCCUUUUUUGGCUGUGAACACUGCAUCCUCAACACAGUCAUCCAUUAGAAGACUUGCAAUGUCUCCAGCUCUAUGUACUGGAAUUAGCUUCAUCGGGGCGAUGUUGGGAGCCCUCCCAUCGGGGAUCACAAAUUUCUUUUUGAAAAUAUCCAUCGGGAAGUCAUGGUCUUCUUCUGCUGCCGAGGCUUUAUGCACACAUGUUUUGAAGUAUCACACAAUACGAAAUGUGCUGUAUAUGGCGAUGACCGAAUUUCAGACACUGCCAGAUAAACCAGAUUUGGAAUUCAUCACGAGCAAGAGAAGCCAGAUUGCUUUUCUUUUUGGCCUUGAUGAUCACUGGGGUCCUUUGCAUUUAUAUGAAGAGAUCAGAAAACAGGUACCCGAUGCAUGUCUUGACGUUGAACGUGAGGGUCAUACUCAUGCUUUCUGCUGCAGUGCAGCUGGUUCGAUGUGGGUUGCUCAGCACGUCUCGACUUUGAUCAGGAACAACAUACAACGCGCAAAAAGUAGUUGACAUUGGUCUACAGGUUUUAAUCCGCUUCUUCAAGUUACAGAUCAAUGGCAUUUUCAUGCUGUUUCUCAUUUUUAUGUUUCUUCAACUCCAUCUAGAGAUGUGAAUUUUAGAAAAAAUCAGUGAUUAUUAUGUUUGCAAUACUUGGGUUACAUAUAUAUAUGUGGAAAUACAACAUGCAUGAUUAUCUUC